GAGUGGCAGGGAGGGACAGUAAGGGCAGAGGGAGUGUCACGGGGAAGGGGAGGAGAGAAGCACAGGGAGGGGAGGCCAAGCUGCUCGCCCCCUUUAUAAGAGCCAGGGCAAGGUAGCUCCGCUGUAGUCGAUGCUCCAAAACUCCUCUAACAUGAAGGUGAUCCUGAUGCUGAGUCUCCUGGCCCUUGCCUCCGCCUUCGUUGUGCAGCUUCCCGCCCAAGCUCCCGUGCCCUUAGCCUACAAUUCCCCGUGGAGCGUCGUGCCAUACGUCUCCUAUUCCGUCGUGCAGCCCGGCUAUGUAGCCAAGACCCCAGGUGCCGAGCACUACGCGCCGCUCCCCGAGGGCCUCGCCUAUGCCUCCCACCAUAUCAACAUCAGACCCGCGGCCGGCACUGAAUAGCGCAUUUGACUCAACUUCCAGCUGGAGACGAACAUGAUGACGGACACUGCUGCUUCCCAGACUUUACUCCCAAUGUUACCUUUCCCCUAGGAGGAAACCAAAUGACUGCCAUGCAACGGUGGGUGGAUGUCAAAAUUACUAUCACCGCACAACGCCGCCCUUCCUCCCCAGCAUACAUCGGGGGAACAACAGUAAUACGAACACAGCAGAGCAUGGAGCUGUGCUGCUCGAUGAGCCAGACCACCUUUCGAUAUCAUUUUGUGGCGAACUAAUAGUUGUGAAAGAUUUUUUGUUUAAUAAAUACAUCAUGUU